AUGGACCCGUCGCGAGGCCUCGCGUCCGCGGGGCCGAGCGCGGACGACAGCCCGCCCGAGCGCGCGCACGAGCCCGCGGGCCCGAGCCGCACGCCCGACGGCGGCAGCCCCGCGGAGACGGCGACGACGACGGGCGGCGAACACGAGACGCGGACGACCACGCCGCGCGGCGUCGCGACGCCGCGCGACGACGACGACGACGAUGCCGACCGCCGCGAAGCGCUGCCGCGGUGGGCGUGGCUCCCGAGAGACGGCGAGGUCUUCGCGGUCGCGGACCCUCUCGCGUGCGCGCCGUACGACUCCCCGCCCGCGGAGGACGCGUCGCGCCGCGCGCCCGGGCGCGCGGAGACGCUGCACCUCGCGGAAGAGGACGACGACGACGACGGCGACGACGACGACGACGCGCGCAGAGCGUCGUGGUGGAGCCUCGGCGAAGGCGGCGGCGACGUCGGCGGCCCCGCGAGGGACUUCCCGCCGUCCAUACGCGACAGCACGACGACCGCGUUCGAGGCGAGGCUGGAGGCGGACUGGCGCGGGAACGUCGUCGUGGACGAGUGGCGCGCGAGACGCGAGGCCUCCGGCGGACGACGCGCGGCUGGCGGCGGCGGAGAGAGCGCGUCGUCGUUCACGUUCACGUCCGCCGUCGUCGCGACGCCGUCGACGAGCGGCAGCGUCCAGAGCGGCGUCGGGGGCGCGAUCCCGUCGCUGACGCCGGUCGUCGGCGGUGGCGGCGUCGCGGCCACGCCGUCCAAUGAGCGCGCGACGCGUGGCGCCGACGCGGCGUCGGCGCCCGCGUACGGCGCGCUCGGCCUCGCGUCGAUCUUCACCGGGAAGUACCUCCAAGCGCGACGGAAACCCCCGCACCGCGUGCAGUUUUUCAGCGACUCGCGCGGCGUGCACGAGCGCUGGAAUCUCCUCGGCGGCGUGCGGUUGAAACGCGGCGAGUGGCGCGGGUGGGGCGUGAUGCGAUUCGGUCGGGGCGGCGGCGGCGAUUCCGCGCGCGCGACGCGAGACGCGUUCGCGUCGGCGUUCGGCGAGGACGCCGCGCGCAACCUCGACAGGCUCGGCGGGCGCGACUUCAUCGUCGUGCGGUCGCGGCAAACCCCGCGGCGGUGCCUUCUCGUCGUACGGCUCACGUUGCCGUCCGGCGAGGCUGUCGUGAGCACGACGCCGGGGAAGCUGCGGUCGAGAAGUCGGCUCUCGCGAGCGGGCCCAGACGGCGGCGACGACGGCGGCGGCGACGGCGUCGGCGGCGGCGACGACGACGAGGCACGUUCUUACGGCGCCCCCGAGCGCAUCGCGUCGAUAUCCUCGCGCGGCGACGCGUUCGCGACCGCGGGAUGGGCCCCCGAGCGCGACGAGGGCGACGAGAUCAUGACCUUGAGCGAGCGUCUCUUGCGGACGUUUGCUCUGAAGCCGGAGCGGAAGCGGAAACACUUCGCGUCGAAGAGCGCGCUCGCUGCGUGGCGCGCCGCGACGGCGUCCGCCGCCGACGCGCGUCGUAACGCCGAUCGAAUGGCGGUUACUCGCGCGACGCGCACGACGCGGUGGAUCCUGCGCGAGUGGUCGCGAGAGGCGGUCCUCGGCGCGGUCGCGAGAGAGAGGCUCGCGCGAGCGGAGGCGCUCGCGAGGGAUCGCUCGCGAACGUGGCGAACGCGUUCGUGUUUUAAAAAGUGGCGCCGAGACGCGCGCGCGUCCAUCGCGUCGGAGGUGCUCGAGCGCCGCGCGGAUAUCUUCCUGCGGCGGCGCAUCACGCACAAGCGACUCCGCGACGUCGUGCGGUUCUGGCACAUCACCGCGACGGCGUCGCUGCGCGCGCGCGACGCGGAGAGCAGCAGCGUCAUUUACCGCGCCAACGCGUUACGGCGGAUGUGGGCGCGACGCUCGCGCGCGUCGCUGCGCGAGUCGUUGCGCACGUGGCGCGAAUGCGCGUCCGUCGUCGCGGACGCGCGCGAGCGAGCGCGCGCGGCGAGCGAGCGCGCGGAGAGGCACGAGGCGCGGACGGCGUUCCGGAAGAAGGCGGCGGCGUUUCGAGCGUGGAGGAGAGGCGCCGAAAUGAGCGCCGCUGAGGAGGAGAAGACGUCCAUCGCGGCGAGGUGGCGCGCGGCGCGUGCGGCGCGGACGUCCUGGAGGCGAUGGCGCGACGUCGUCGCGGCGACGCGGCGCGAGGACUGCGUCCUUCGACGCGCGCGCGGGUUAUGCGAAUCGCGGUGCGUGCGCGCGUGGAGAGACGUCGCCGACGGAAAGCGCGCGGCGCGCGCGACGCUUCGACGCGCCGAGCGCCUGAUGCGCCGAUCGCUGACGGCGCUCGCGCGACGCGCGUUCGUCGCGUGGCUCGACCACCACCGCCACGCGUCGUCGUCGCGACGGUUCGUGUUACUCUCCAUCGUUCGCCGCGGGUACGACACGAAACGUCGCUGUUUCGCGGGCUGGAGAGAGUACGCGCGUUGGGUCGCGGCGCUCGACGCGAUGAGCGGCUUCGUCCGCCUGGCGUCGAGAGCGAUGCGCGCGUGGUCGACGUUCGUGACCCUCCGCGCGAAAGGCCGCGCGGUCGAAGCGCGCGUGGACGCGCUCGGGAAGCGGCGAAUGCGCGGCAGGGCGUUCAUGGCGUGGAUGCUCGAGUGCCAGCGGAGGUUGAACCGGCCGCACGCGCUCGCGGCGAGGCUCGCCGUCGCGGAGCGCCGCGCCGAGGGCACGCGAGAGAAGCACCUCGCGCGCGCGCGCCGGUUCGCGUUCCAGGCGUGGACGCGAGCGCUCGAGGAUGCGAAACGGCAUGAGCGCGAGCUCGCAGAGACGAUCAAGCGCGUCGAGGACGCGCGCAUCGCGCGGGAGCGCGCGUUCGCCAUCGCGAACGUGUGGGCGGAGCGGCUCUCGCGCAGAGUCCGACGACGAUGGAAGUCUCAGCUCUUCGCCUCGUGGCGAACGCGCGCGGAGAGGUCAAAGGCGCGAGACGCGCGCGCGGAGACGCUGACGCGCCGCUUAAGCGCUCGCGCUCUCGGACGCGUCGUCCGCGCGUGGGCCGCGGUCGUGGGCGACGUCAAGGAACGCGCGCUGAGGGAGUCCCUGUGCGCGUGGUCGUCGAAGUUUCGAGACGCGUCCGCGGCGACGCGCGCGUUUCAUCGCUGGCGGGCGGAGACUCGAGAAGCGCUCGCGGCGCGCGCGGCCGUCGCGCGCGAGGAAGAGAUUUCGCGCGUUCGCGCCGUCGACGCCGCGCGAAUUCGCGAGGAAGAGGAAGAGACCGCGCGUCGCCGCGUCGCCGAGGAGGCGCGCGCGGAGGCUCGCGCGGCGGCGCGCUUUCAUCGCGCGACGCGUUCAUUCGCGCGUCUCACGUUCGCGGCGUGGCGCGACGUCGUCGUCUCGCGCCGCCGGCGCGCUCGCGCCUUCGCCAGGUUCGACGCGCGCCGCCGCGCUCGCGCGCUCGCGGGCGCGUACGACGCGUGGGCCGAGACGUGCGCGCGCGAGCGCCGCGUCCGCGUCUCGUGCGCGCGCCUCCGCGGAAGGGCGACGAGGCGCGUCGUCGGAGGCGCGUUUUCGAGAUGGACCGAGGCGAUUCGCGAGGCGAAGGCGUCCGCUGUCGCGCUCGAACGCGCGGAGCGCCGAAACGCGCACCUCCAGCACCGCGUCGCGUCCGCCGCGUGCGCGGCGUGGCGCGCGGUCGUCGCGGGGGAGAAGCGCGCGCGCGCGAAGACGCGCGCGUUUGAAAUUAAGGCGGCGACGCGGCGCCUCCGCGGCGCGUUCGCUCGGUGGGCGGACGUCGUCGGCGACCGCAGCGCGCGCGCCGUCGCGCUCAAACGCGCGGAGCGCCGAAACGCGCACGUCGCGCGGCGCCUGUCGUCCCUCGCGUUUCUCGAGUGGCGCGCGCGCGCGGUCGAGGUGAAACGCCUCGGGGGCGUCGCGCGGAAGUUCAUCGCGCGCUGGUCCGCGCGCGCGGCGUCGCGCGCGUUUCGACGGUGGACGGAGGCGGCGGGUCGCGCGAGGCGCGCGCGCGUCGCCAUCGCGCGAUGCGCGCGCCGCGCGUUGGCCGCCGGGUUUAACACCUGGCGCGAGCGCGUUUCGGAGGAGCGGACGCGUCGUCGCGUCGUCGAGACGUUCACGAGACGGACGCGACGCGCGCGCGCCUCGCGGGCGUUCGCGGAAUGGAUCGCCGUCGUCUACGACGCGAAGCUCGGCCGCUGGACCGCCGUCGUGGACGCCGCCGCGCGCGAUCGCGCGGCGGUCGCGCGCGCGGACCGGCUCGCGGAGCGACGCGCGCGGAGGGUCGCGCGCGCGGCGUUCACCGUCUGGCGCGACGCCGCGGAGCGCGCGAUUUCGCGGCGACGCGCGAUCGAGCGAUCGACGCGGCUGGCGCGGCGCGCGACCGCGCACCGCGCGUUCAUCGCCUGGUCCGGCGUCGUCGAUCGCGAGCGCUUGCGCGCGUCGCUGGAGGCGGACGCGGCGCGCGCGCUCGAGGCGAUGAGCGGCGAUAACGACGGCGCGAUGGCCGCGAUGGAGAGAGCCGUCGUGGAAGCGGCGGCUGCGACGGAAAAGGCGGCGCGCGAGGACGCCGCGGCGCGCGAGAGGUCUCUCCGCGAGGAGGCGGCCGAGGAGAAGCAGGCCGCGCUCGACGCCGCCGCCGCGGAGGCUGCCGCGGCCGCGGACGCCGCGAGCGCGCGGCGGCUCCGGGCCGCGAUCGGCAGAGCGGAGCGUCUCUUUUACCGCGCGGCGAGCGGUCUGUUAAGCGCGGCGUUCGCGUCGUGGCGCGACGUCGUCGACGAAGAGACGCGCCGCGAGCGUCUGACGCGGCGCGCGACGACGAGAUUUGCGCGUCAGCUGCUCGCGCGCGCGUGCGCGGGAUGGCGAUCGAGCGUCCUCGACGCGAACCGCGCGCGCGCGUCGCUCGCGCGCGCGGACGGCGCGUUCCGGCGGACGCGCGACCGCGCGUUCGCCGUCGCGUUCGCGAGAUGGCGCUACGCGACGAGCGAAGGGCACUGGCAGACGACGCUGGCGCGCGUGACGUCGCGGCGUCGCCGCGCGCCGCUCGCGCGCGCGUUCGCGCGGUGGCGGCUCGCCGGGGAGGAGGCGAGGCGCGCCGCCGCCGCGAACGCGAAGGCGACGCGCGCGCUCGGUCGCCUCCGCCACCGCGCCGCGUCCGUCGCGUUUCGCGCGUGGAACGACGACGCGCGCGGGCGCGAGCGCGCGCGGCGCGCGCUGAAGACGUUCGCGCUCAAAUGGGAGAAUUCGCGCGCGCGGCGCGCGUUUCGUUCGUGGACCGAGCGCGUCGCGGCGACGACGCGCGACGCCGCCGCCGCCGCGCGCGCGGAUCGGCACUUCGCGCGCGCCGCCGCGCGCGCGGCGCGCGCGACGACGGCGGCCGUCUUUGACGAGUGGCGCGACGUCGCGUCGAGCGCGCGCGACGCGAACGACGCCGCGAGGCGCGUCGCCGUCGCGGAGGCGCGCGCCGAUCGAUCGCGCGCGCGCGUCGUCGCGCGCGUCGCCGCCGCGUCGUUGUCGACGUGGCAUCGAAACGCGCGCGGCCGCCGACGCGUUCGAAAGGCGCUCUCGCGGUUCGUGCUGAGGUGGCAGCACGCGCGUCUCGCGUCCGCGUUCGCGGCGUGGACGGGGAGUCUCGACGACGAGAAGACGCGGCGCGGCGUCGACGCGCGCGCGGCGCGCAAAAUGGCGCGAGUCAAGACGUCCGCGGCUUUCGCGCGGUGGGCGGCUUUCCACGACGCGUCCGUCGCGAGCCGCCUCGCGCGAAUUCGCGCGGACCGCGCGCGUUCGCGCGUCGCGAAUCGGUUGGCGUGGAGCGCGCUCCUCGCGUGGAGCGAGCGCGCGCGGGAGCGCCGCCGCCGCCGCGUCGGCGUCGAGAGGCUCGCCGCGAGACGCGCGCGCGCGAGCGUCGCGAACGCUUUUUGGCGUUGGAUCAAACGCGUCGACGAGUCGAUCCGGCACCGCAACGGCGCGCGGCGGAUCGUGAACCGGAUCAACCGCGCGACGCUGCACGGCGUGUUCUGGCGUUGGAAGACAGCGAAGGACGUCGAGCGGCGCGCGCGGGUCGCUGAAACGCGCGCGGACGCGGCGUUUCAAAGACGCGUCCGAAACGCGCGGUGGCGCGCGUUUCGGACGUGGCGCGACGCGUGCGAAGGCGAGCGCCGGGCUCGGGUGGUCGUCCAGAAAAAGACGUCGCGGUGGCGCCGCGCGCGCGUCUCUCGCGCGUUCGAGCGCUGGGCGUCGAUCGCGCGCGACGCGAAGCGCGCGCGGAAGAUCGCGGGCGUGAUUCGACGGCGACGCGACGCGCGCGAGACGCGCGCGGCGACGCGAGAGUGGCGGGCGCUCGCGGCGCGCUCGAAGCGCGACGCGAUCCUCGAGCGCGUUUCGACGCGUUUCGAGACGCGGUUGACGACGCGACGCGUCGCGGCGCUGAUGCGCGCGUGGAGCGACGCCGCGGCGCGGCGGAAGCGGCUCCGCGUCGGGAUUCUCGCGCUCGUGACGCGUCGAAAGACGACGCGCGUCGACGACAAUUUUUCAGAGUGGAAAACUCUCGCGCGCGAGCGGACGCUCGAGCGCGUCGCCUUGACGCGCGCGAGACGUCGCGCGCGCCGCGUCGCGUCUCGCAGCGCGUUCAUUCGAUGGGCCGCGCGCGCGAAGGACGUCGCCGCCGCGCGCGAGGUCAUCGCCGCGGCGCUGAAGAAAGCCGCGUCCUCGGCGGCGAUUCGCUCCGAGGUUCGAAAAGCGGGGUUAUCCCGCGCGUCCAAGGCGUGGGACGCGCGGACGAUCGCUCGCGUCUUCGCGGCGUGGAUCGAGGUGCGCGACGGCGCGGCGUACGUCCGCGGCGUCACCGCGCGGCUGCGAGCGUCCGUGACGCGCGAGGACACGCGACGGAGGUUGAAGCGAUGGGCGUCCGCGAUGUACGCGCGACGCGCGAAGGUUGGUAAGAUGAGACGCGCGGCGGCGCGCUGGCGGAGGAAGGAGAAAACGGCCGUCGAACGCGCGUUAUUCGUCUGGAAAACGCACGUCGUGCGCGGUCAGAAGUCCGCGCACGAUCGCGUCGACGCGGAGGUGGAGUGGCUGAACGCGUCGCUCGCGUCCGAGCGCGCGCAAAAGUCGGGCAUCGCGGAGGAACUCCGAAGCCUUCGGCGAGAGGCGUCCGGGCUCAAUUCCCUCGUCGACACGCUGCGACGGGAAACCGCGAUCCUGCAAAAGACCCUGACCGAGCGCGACGCGAACGUCGCGAAGCUGCUCGACGAGCGCAAGGCGACGAAGGCGGAGGUCAAGCGCAUCAUCGAAGAGCGAAAGGCUGCGAAAGCGACGAUCGAGGAGACGAAGCAGUCGCACGAAGCCGCGGCGCUGCGACGCGUCUUGGUCGAUAAAAACGCGAAGAUCGCGCAUCUGCUCUCGCAACGCCGCGCGCUGCACGAGACGCACGCGGCGUCCGAGGCGCGCGCGUCGGAGCUCGAGAAAGUCGCCCUCGAGGCGACGGCGUUCGCGAGCGAAGCCUCCGAGGCGAAGGCUGCGGCGGAGAAGCGACUCGCGUCGGAGCUCGCGCGCGCCCACGAAGAGCGUCAGAAAAUGGCUCUCGAACUCGCCGCGGCAGCGACGCCGAUCCGAGGCACGCACGGGACGUACACGUCGCCGGUGUACGAGAGCGAGGACCGGGACCGGAGCCCGCCGCGGUCGCCGCCGCGUCUGCUGGCGUUCGCGUCGUCGUCGCGGCGCGAGGUCGCGUCGCAGUACGCCGUCGAGGACGACGCGCGGGCGGCGGCGAUCUCGAUGUUAUCGCCGCCGUCGUCGCCGCCCAGGAGAGACGCGCACACGCAGUCGCCGCCGCCUUCUCCUCCGAGGGUGAGGAGCGACGCGCACACGCAGUCGCCGCCGCCUUCGCCGCCCAGGAGUUUCGCGUACGUCCGCGCGAGGGAUAAGCUCUUGAAUUCGCCGACGAGACGAAGGCGGCGAUCGAUGUCGAUGGACGCGACGACGGAGACGGAGACGGAAGCACGCGAGGACGAACCGCGACGGGAGGAGGUGGAGGUUGAGCCCGAGCGCGACUCGCCGAUCCAACGCGUCGCCGCGGAGGCUGUGGAGGAUAACGACGUCGUCGACGUCGACGACGACGACGGCGGCGGCGGCGGCGAAGAGUCGACGCCGGCGAUCCCUCAGAGCUCGCUCGACGAUCCCGUCGAAGAAGCGCCCGCGGACGCCGCUUUUCCGAUCGCGACCGACGCCGACGACGACGCCGACGACGACGCAAGAAGACACGCGGCGGCGACGAGGAUUCAAUCCGUCCACCGAGGCGGCCGCGCGCGAUCGAUGGUCCGAGCGACGCGGCUGAUUUUCGACGCCGCGGCGACGCGCGUCCAAGCCGCGGCGCGCGGGUGGGCGAGCAGGAAGACGACGGCGGCCGCGCGCGCGCGCGCGCGCGCGACGGCGAAGGAGGCGAAGUCGCCGUCGAGACGCGUGACGUUCGAGGCGCCGGAGGAAUCGGAACCCUCAGACGAAGAAGAACUCGCGGCGUCGGCGGCGCGGACGCCCGACCCGCCGGCGUCGUCGUCGAAGGCGGCUUCGUCGUCGCGGCGGCGGCUGAGUCUCACCCCGGAGGCGCACGCGGCGGCGGCGGCGGCUGCCGCCGCCGCGCUCGAUUUCGAUAUCGAAUACGACGUCGACGAGUUCAACCCUCAUCCUUAUGACCCAGAGCCCGAGCGCGACGCCGAGCCGGAGAGACGGCGCGCGAAAUUGGACGCGAGUUUCGACGCCGAGGAUGACGCCGCCGCGUGGGCCGCGUCCGUUUCCGCGCGCGCGUCGCCGUUCGAGUACGACGACGCGGGAAUGGACGCCGGCGACGUCGGCGUCACGUUGUACGCGCGCCGACGCGGCGGCGUCGGCGGCGACGACGACGACGACGGCGUGGUGUCGAUCGGCGAUGAAAAAUUCGCGUUCGACGCGAUCCUCGAAGGCGUCGGCGACGCGCGCGCGGUGGGCGUCGUCGCGAACCCGGUCGCCUCCGCCGCGCGCUCAGGGUUCGACUCCACGGUGAUCGUUCUGAACGCGAGCGGCGGGGAUCGGUUCAGGGAGAUUCCAGAAACGGACGACGAUGGGACGUUUUACGAGUCGUCCAUCGGCGACGCCGUCGCGGACGCGAUCGCGGACCGACUCGUUCGCGUCGCGACCGGGCCGCCGGCGAUACCCCCCGGCGCGGAAGGCACGUGGGUCGGGACGACGCUGGGCCUGUCCAUGUUCCACGCCCACGGGCUCGCGGUGGACGACCUGUUGGCCGGAGCGGUAGGGAACGACGAAGACGAAGACGACGACGAGGCGUCGGCGAAAAGAAUCGUCGGCGGCGGCGCGGCGGCGGAGGCGCCCCCGACGCGUCUGCGCGUGCGUCCGCGUCGGGACGUCGCCGCGUCCGGUAACGGCCGAUCCGCGCAGUUAUACUCCUCCGCGGGGUCCGGCGGGCUUCUCUACGAAGUCGAGGACGCCGCCGUGCUCGCGCUUCGCGACCUCGCCGCGACGAAGGCGGCGCUGCGCCGCGGCAGGCUCGCUCGAUUCGCCGCCGCCGCCGCCGCCGCCGCCGGCCGCGUCGUCGAAUCGCAUUCGCGCGAAUCGCAUUCGAUCGAGGGAGAACCCGCCGCCGCCGCCGCCGCCACCGCGCGCGUCACCGAGCUCGUGUUCACGACCGAGUCCGUCGUCGUCGACCGCGGCGCGGCGGCGACGCACGCCGCGCUCGGCGCGCGGACGACGACGACGUCGCGCGCGGCGACGUGCCGCGUCGUCGAAAUCAUGUGUCCAAACGUCUCCGACGUCGCGCACCUCGCCGCGUGCGUCGCGAAGCUCGUCGAUCGCGCGGACGAGCCGGAGCUCCGACGGACGUCCCCGGAGUGGCGCUCGAGCGCGCUCACGAAGCUCGUGAAAGGCCCGCUGACCGGGGAAGGACGGCUCGCGUUCGUCGUCGAUUACGAUUGCCGUCUCGAGGCGCGCGCCGCCGCCGGCGGCGCCGCCGCGCUGCGGCUCGCGUCCGCGGCGCGGCUGCUCCCCGGCCGCGCGGACGCGUCGUCGUCGCACGCGUCGAGGCGGGUGCGGAGGGUCGUGCGACACGAGCGCGAGCCGGGGAGUCGGAGAGAGGCGCUGAAGAAGAAGCUCGCGAAGGUGAAGCGAGACGCCGCCGCCGCGUUCGCCGCGUCGGAGCGAAACGGACGCGGCGGCGGCGGCGGCGCUUCUCUCGUCGAAACCGAAACCGCCGCUCGCGGGAGAAGACGCGAGCGCGAGGCGGCGUCGACCCCGGCGCCGACGAGCCUGGGACGGUCGACCGGUGGGUGGUCCAGCGCGCGGAAGACUUCGCCGCCGACGUCGCGCCGCGGCGCCGCUGUCGCGCGAGCUUCGAGUCGACGCGCGAGCGUCGCGUCGCCGUCGACGCGCGAAUCGAUCGACGACGGCGAGUACGGCCGCGCGGGCAUCUCGUGA